AUGGCUCCGGUACGCGGAGACGGAAUGCGCGGUUUGGCGGUGUUUAUAUCGGACAUUCGAAACUGCAAAAGCAAAGAGGCCGAAAUCAAGCGAAUCAAUAAAGAGCUGGCCAAUAUUCGGAGUAAAUUCAAAGGCGACAAAACGCUGGACGGAUACCAGAAGAAGAAGUACGUCUGCAAGCUGCUGUUCAUCUUUCUGCUGGGCCAUGAUAUCGACUUUGGUCACAUGGAGGCGGUCAAUCUGCUUUCCUCGAACAAAUACUCGGAGAAACAAAUUGGCUACCUUUUCAUCUCCGUGCUGGUGAACACGAACAGUGAUUUGAUCAAGCUCAUCAUCCAAAGCAUCAAGAAUGAUCUGCAGUCGCGCAAUCCGAUCCACGUCAAUCUGGCGCUUCAGUGCAUCGCCAACAUCGGCAGCCCGGACAUGGCGGAAGCGUUUACGAACGAAAUCCCGAAGCUGCUCGUGUCCGGCGACACGAUGGACGUGGUGAAACAGUCGGCGGCCCUCUGCCUGCUCCGGCUGUUCCGCACUUGCCCGGAGAUCAUACCCGGGGGCGAGUGGACCAGUCGCAUCAUUCAUCUGCUGAACGAUCAGCACAUGGGAGUGGUAACGGCCGCCACCAGCCUGAUCGACUCGCUGGUGAAGAAGAACCCGGAAGAGUACAAGGGUUGCGUGAGUUUGGCCGUGUCGCGCCUUUCCCGCAUCGUGACCGCAUCGUAUACGGACUUACAGGACUACACGUACUACUUCGUGCCGGCACCGUGGCUGUCGGUGAAGCUGUUGCGCCUGCUGCAGAACUACAACCCACCGACGGAGGAUCCCGGUGUGCGGGGACGGUUGAACGAGUGCUUGGAGACGAUCCUGAACAAGGCGCAGGAACCGCCGAAGAGUAAGAAGGUGCAGCACUCGAACGCGAAGAACGCGGUCCUGUUCGAGGCGAUCAACCUGAUCAUUCACAACGACAGCGAGGCAAGCCUGCUGGUGCGGGCAUGCAACCAGCUGGGUCAGUUCCUGAGCAACCGAGAAACGAACUUGCGCUACCUGGCGCUCGAAUCUAUGUGCCAUCUAGCGACGUCCGAGUUCUCGCACGAAGCAGUCAAGAAGCACCAGGAGGUGGUGAUCUUGUCGAUGAAGAUGGAGAAGGACGUGUCGGUGCGCCAGCAGGCCGUCGAUCUGCUGUACGCGAUGUGCGAUCGCUCGAACGCGGAAGAGAUCGUGCAGGAGAUGUUGAACUACCUGGAGACGGCCGACUACUCGAUCCGCGAAGAGAUGGUACUGAAAGUGGCCAUUUUGGCGGAAAAGUACGCUACCGAUUACACCUGGUACGUGGACGUUAUACUGAACCUGAUUCGGAUCGCGGGCGACUACGUGUCGGAAGAGGUCUGGUACCGGGUGAUACAGAUCGUCAUCAAUCGCGAGGAGGUCCAGGGGUACGCGGCAAAGACCGUUUUCGAAGCCCUGCAGGCGCCGGCCUGCCACGAGAACAUGGUCAAGGUCGGUGGCUACAUUUUGGGCGAGUUUGGCAAUCUCAUUGCGGGCGAUUCCCGCUCGGCACCGAUGGUUCAGUUCAAGCUGCUCCACUCGAAGUACCAUCUCUGUUCGUCGAUGACCCGUGCCCUGCUGCUGUCGACGUACAUAAAGUUCAUUAACCUGUUCCCCGAGAUUCGUGGCACCAUCCAAGACGUGUUCCGACAGCACAGCAAUCUUCGUUCGGCGGACGCCGAGCUGCAGCAGCGCGCCAGCGAGUAUCUGCAGCUCAGCAUCGUCGCUUCGACGGACGUGUUAGCGACGGUGCUGGAAGAGAUGCCAUCGUUCCCGGAACGCGAAAGUUCCAUUCUGGCCGUGUUGAAGAAGAAAAAGCCAGGACGCGUACCGGAGAACGCAGAAAUUCGCGACAACAAGAGCCCCGUUCCAAACAGCCACAAUGCUCAUAGCAAUGCUCAAAAUAAUCACGCACCAAGUGCAAAUAACGCAAGCGCCAGUAACGAUUUGCUAGGACUGAGCACUCCGCCGGCCAACCAGUCGGGCACUUUGAUCGACGUACUGGGCGACAUCUACAGCACGACCAAUGGCAACAGCAACGUUGUUAACAAUUCCAAAAAAUUUGUCUUCAAGAACAACGGUGUGCUGUUCGAGAACGAUCUCCUGCAGAUCGGCGUGAAGAGUGAAUUCCGCCAAAACCUCGGCCGCCUGGGGUUGUACUAUGGUAACAAGACACAAACGGCACUGCAACACUUUGUGCCCACGCUGCAGUGGUCGGCCGAGGACGCGUUGAAGCUGAACGUACAGAUAAAGGCCGUCGAGCCGACGCUCGAGGCCGGUGCGCAGAUACAGCAGCUGCUGACGGCGGAAUGUAUCGAUCACUACGUCGGCGCACCGUCCAUCAUUAUUUCAUUCCGUGUCAGCGGCGGUGCCCCGCAAAAGCUGACGGUCAACCUUCCGCUGACGAUAAACAAGUUCUUCGAACCGACAGAAAUGAACGCCGAAUCGUUCUUCUCGCGAUGGAGAAACCUUGGCGGCGAGCAACAGCGAGCGCAGCGUGUCUUUAAAGCAAUGCAGCCGCUCGAUCUGCCGGGAGCGCGCAAUAAACUGACCGGCUUCGGUAUGCAGCUGCUCGACAGCAUCGACCCGAACCCGGAUAAUAUGGUUUGUGCGGGAAUCAUCCACACGCAGGCCCACAAAGUCGGGUGUCUGUUGCGCCUGGAACCGAACAAACAGGCCCAGAUGUUCCGUUUGACCAUUCGAUCGAGCUUAGAAGCGGUCACGUCAGAGAUAUGCGAACUGUUGGGCGACCAGUUCUAAGGGCGCAGUGGCUCACACAGACUAGACAUCGGAAAAUCGCACUCGAGAGGUAUAUUUAUCGAUUUGGCGUGUCGUAUCGCAGCGCGGAAUGAUACCAAAAUGAGAACUAACUAGAAGUUUAGACAGAUUGUGACAAUGAAACGCCGUUGGGACAAUGUUGGGCGCACGCCAUUGGAGCGAAUUGGUUAAACUUUCAAGACCCAUCAAACGAAUAUUUAAACGGGAUCGUGCGAGAAUCAUGACAACUAGACUUUUUUGGGCGACAAAUCCUAUGUCUCGGGCAGAGGAAUUCACUGUACGCGCGCGAACCGCAGUCGACGAAAACGGUUCGCAAACGGGACGGUGGUGGUACAACACUUGUACUCCACAAAACACUAAAGCCCCCCAGGCUUCGGUGGCACGAUGAUGUAUAAAAUAGUGAAAUUAACAUUUAUUGGCUAUACUGGCUCCGGGGUCGUCGAGCCUUCAUGUUAAAGUAAAUACUUCUUUUCUCCUGCGUUACAAGUUUAACCAGUCACAAUCGAACAAACCAUUUGGCGAGAUCCGAUUACGCGAACUAUUAAAAUACUACCGACAGCACUCAAACUACUUGAGCACUUAUGAAAGUGCACAAACUUAACGAUAGCAGC